AUGGGCUGCCUCAGCCACCGCAAAAAGGAAACUCGGCAAUAUACCGACCAAAAAUGGGACUACAUCAACCUCUCCGACUUCAAGGCCAAGGGCUGCGGCGCUAUUUUCGCCUACAUCACCCUCUGGAUGGGCCUCAUCAUCUCCCUGGCUGUCUACGGAGUCGAUACCUUUACUGCCGUCCAGCUGCUUGUCUUCAACCGAUGGUCGUCCGAAAUCGAGCCCGCCAUUCCGCUGUCCGUUUCCAGGUGGAUCUUCUCCGGCUGUAUCAUCCUGUCCUUUAUCAAUUUGGGCUUUGAAUGGGUUCGCGCUGCUCGCAAGAUCAAGCGCGGCAAUGUUGCAGAGGUCUAUCUCGACAGCCUGGCUGUCCGCUGGGAGUCGAUCCGUCUCGGCUCUGGCCAGGGGUUUAAGCGAUUCCUCGUUUUUGGCGAGCUCACCAAGAGUAAGAAGGGUGUUGAAUAUAUCGCCCUCUUCACUUAUUUCAGCUUUCAGUCCUGGAUCCGUGUCCUAUUCUGCACCAGCCCGCGACAGGUCGUCAAUGCCCUGACGCUCAGGUCCGUCUACAUGGCACGGCUCGCCGUCAGCUCAGACUCUGUCGAGGGCUCCAUUUCUGCAUUCUUCGACAAGAUCAAGACGCUCGCGCAGUCAGACUUCCGCCAGGCUGCCAUUCUCGGCGGCAUGUGCUUCACGCUCGUCGUGUGGGUCUUUUCCGCCCUCUACCUGAUCUCCGCGGCCCUCUUCUACGUCUUCUUCCUCUUUCACUGGAUCCCUCGUUCCGAUGGAGGCCUCACGGGCUACUGCGAGCGAAAGGUCAACAGCGCUCUUCUCAAGAUUGUCACCAAGACGGUCAACCAGGCGCUCGCCAAGGGCCAGGUAGACAGGAUGAAGAGAGCCAUGACUGAAAAGGGGGAAGCCCACCCGGACGCAUCUAUUCCGACUCUGCCCAACAUCAACCGCCUGUUCACGUCGCAGCAAGUCGGCGUGACUCCACCGUUGCCCGCCUACACUUCGAAUCCAGGAACUCCAGCCGGCGACUUCAAGCGACAGAUGCCCCCGCGCAGCAUGACGGGAGCAUCGACCAUGAGCUACUCCUCGCGGGCUCCGCUCGUCAACUCUGCAGCCGACAUGGGAUAUACGCACACGCGCUCAGCCUCGCCCGAAAACAUGGCCCCAACCUUGCCAUAUCUGCAGAGGACUGGGACUGGGGAGUCGAUGAGAAGCAAUGGCUCUCCCCCAGACAUGAGCCAUAUGCGCAAUGGCUCCAAUUCUUCGUACUAUCAGCCGCGCUCUCAAAGCCCUCCCAACAAUGGGCCUCCGCAGGACGUGAGCCAUGUACGAGCUGGCUCAAUAUCCUCAUAUUAUCAGCAGUCCUAUUCCCAGAGCCCGGCGAGCAUGGGCCCCGUGGGCCCCGCGACCGCGUCGCCAAUGUAUACACCGGCGGCACGGCCAAUCCCGCCGCGUGCCGACUACAACAGCUAUGGCCAAAAUAUGCAAGACGACAGCCAAUCUUGGCGAGGUCCGCCGCCGAGGUCGUACACUUUCAACAACGAGGGUCGAUCCAGCCCAGCGCCAUCUGCGGCGGGAUCGUCAUACUCGAGAGCGCCCCAGCCACUCACGAGAAGUGCGACAAACCAGGUCCCUAUCCGCGGGCUGCGGUUCGCUCCUCAAAGGCAGAUGACUGAGCCAAUGUCUGGUCGUGAGCCGACAGACAGCUACUACAGCGGAACUGGACCACGAAUGCCGCCCACCAGACCGCCAUUGCGUCAAAACUCGCAGAACAUCUAUAAUUCGCAAGCCCAAGAUGCAUCUGGAGCGACCUAUGGGUACGAUGUCGAGGCGCAGAACAAUGGUAGAUAUUAG